CGUCUUCCCGAACCACACGUCUCUCGAUCUCUGUCUUUUCUCUCUCGUAGAUUUUCUUCCAUUUUCUUCCGUCUCUUUCCAGAACUUUCAACAUUUCUUAAAUUUUCUGAGCCAUCUCUCUCUCUCUCUCUCUCUCUCUCUUCCCCAGGCAAAUUUGGCGUAACUGAGCUUGUAGCUAUCCUCAGGUUCGUGCAUUGUGGCGACUUGCGAGAAUCGUAGUGCUCUAGAUCUUGCGUUGCCCUAGGAAUUCGAAGCAGAGAUUGAUUGCUUGCUCUCUUUCUCUGUUCUUCGAAUUCUCUGAUUCCGUUUUUCGUUUCAUAUGCGCCAAUUCGCAAGCUUCUUGCGUCCGAUUUGUUAUCUGUGCAUGUGUCCUGGGAGUGCUUUGGAUUGGUUUGAUUGUUGAGAUCCAAAGGUAUUUUUGAGAUGGACAGUUCGGAGACAUAGAUUCAGUAGAUUGUUCGCUCUAAAGGAAAUCUAAAUUCUUAUAGAUCAACUAUCAUAGAUUGGUUCUAUAGUGAGAGGUGAAAUAAUGGCUAUCGGAUUGAGUUCUGUCAUCCCGAAGUUGCAAAUGCUAUACACUUCCGAUCAUGCCUCGGUGGUUUCGAUGAACCUCUUCGUGGCACUCCUUUGUGCUUGUAUUGUGAUUGGCCAUCUUCUUGAGGAGAACCGAUGGAUGAACGAGUCUAUCACUGCCCUUGUGAUUGGUGUGUGUACCGGAGUUGUUAUUCUGCUUACAAGUGGGGGGAAAAGCUCUCAUAUUUUCGUCUUCAGUGAAGAUCUUUUUUUUAUAUACCUUCUGCCGCCAAUAAUAUUUAAUGCUGGUUUUCAGGUGAAAAAGAAGCAGUUUUUCCGUAACUUUGUUACUAUUGUGCUGUUUGGUGCUGUGGGUACAUUAAUAUCCUGUGGGAUCAUAUCCUUAGGUGUUAUUCAGUUCUUCAAGAAAUUGGAUAUUGGCUCACUGGAUAUUGGGGAUUAUCUAGCAAUUGGUGCAAUAUUUGCUGCAACGGAUUCUGUCUGUACAUUACAGGUGCUUAAUCAGGACGAGACACCUUUACUCUACAGUCUUGUAUUUGGGGAGGGUGUCGUAAAUGAUGCAACAUCAGUGGUUCUUUUCAAUGCUAUCCAGAGCUUUGACCUCACUCAUAUUGACCCCAGGAUUGCCUUGCAUUUUAUUGGCAACUUCCUUUAUUUGUUUCUCACAAGCACAAUGCUCGGGGUGAUGACUGGGCUGCUUAGUGCUUACAUCAUCAAAAAGCUUUAUUUUGGCAGGCACUCUACAGAUCGUGAAGUUGCUCUUAUGAUGCUCAUGGCAUACCUUUCAUAUAUGAUGGCUGAAUUGUUCUAUUUGAGUGGCAUUCUUACUGUAUUCUUUUGUGGGAUUGUAAUGUCGCAUUACACCUGGCACAAUGUAACUGAGAGUUCAAGGGUCACCACCAAGCAUGCUUUUGCAACCUUUUCAUUUGUUGCUGAGAUUUUUAUCUUCGUUUAUGUUGGAAUGGAUGCCUUGGACAUUGAAAAGUGGAAAUUUGUCAGUGACAGUCCUGGAACAUCAGUUGCAGUGAGUUCAAUACUUGUAGCCCUGAUUAUGGCAGGAAGAGCAGCCUUUAUUUUCCCCUUGUCAUUAUUAAUCAACUUAGCAAAAAAAUCUCCAAAUGAAAAAAUCAGCUUCAGGCAGCAAGUCGUAGUAUGGUGGGCUGGUCUCAUGAGAGGUGCUGUGUCUAUAGCCCUUGCUUAUAAUCAGUUCACAAGGUCAGGGCAUACUCAAUUGCGAGCGAAUGCAAUCAUGAUCACCAGCACCAUAACUGUUGUUCUUUUCAGCACAGUGGUGUUUGGUUUGUUGACUAAACCUCUUAUAAGGUUCUUGCUACCCCAGCCAAAACACACAACCAGCAUGUUAUUGUCAUCAGAUCCAUCGACUCCAAAAUCAGUCACUGUGCCUCUUCUUGGAGAGGGGCAGGAUUCUGAGUUUGACCUCCCCCAAGUUGUCAGGCCAAAUAGCAUACGCGCACUCCUGAGGACUCCUACUCACACUGUUCAUCAUUACUGGCGUAAGUUUGAUAAUGCCUUCAUGCGUCCGGUAUUUGGUGGCCGGGGUUUUGUUCCCUUUGUUCCUGGAUCACCAACGGAACGGAGUUUCCAACAAGAGCAAUGAGAGGGCAGCCAAGCAAAGUUGUACAAUGUGUUGUAAAUUACAUACAUCUUCCGGAGAAUAAAGCGCAGAUGCCAUUGGAUCAGCUUGUGAAAUAUUUCGUGCACUUUCGGGUAGUGAGAAGAUGUGUAUCAUAAUCUUGUGAAAUUGCUUUAUGUCUUGUAUAGCUGAUCUGAUCGUGUUUGCCCCAAGCGUUUGAAGGGAUUUGCCCUCUUUUUUGCAAUUGUUUUUAGAUCUCGUCUGUUGACAUUAUUAUUUUUGUGAGGACAAUAUUUCAGGAGCUUCAAGUUAUUGUAAUGCCUGCCUUUUCAAGACGUGUUUUUGUAAUGAUAAAACAAUGAAAUGCCAUAUAUUUGAGCUGCAAA